AUGGAAGCUCGGCGAGCAAAAAAGAGCAGAGCGAAAGGAUUGGAGGCUGAUGAGUUUUUCGGACUCGACCCAUUCAGAACCCGUCGUGAUUCGUUCCGUUUCAUUACAAAUUCGCCCAAAACCAAGCUCAUCCCUUCUUGGCCUCGCGCGUCAGUUGUUUGCGUUUCCGCGACAUCAUCAUCUGAUUCAUCGGACUCUUCAGAAGACGUCGCGCCAUGCACAACGGACGGCUCCAGUCGUUCGUCAAACGUCUUCAUCGGCCCUCUUCAACUGACCACAUCUUCAUCUGCAGCAAGUCCGUCAUGUCUUAUUUUUCUGUUCAAGAAAAGAAGGAAAAAAGUUAUUUUUCUGUCUUUAGUCGAGUGAACGUCGAUUCAAACGGUAAAAGUGUUUGUGAGGUUUUUUUGGAUAUAGUUCCAACUUCAAAACCGAUUUAUUUUUCCUUUCAUUCUCUACUAACUUUUUCUAUCUUCAUCAGAAAAUCCAGCUCUCGGAUUUAGAUAUUUGAUCCUAUCUUCAGCUCGAAGCUACUCAAAGAGUUUGAAGGUACACGGGCCGGUUGUUUGUCGCUGAGCCAGAAGAUGUGAACAAGAUAGUGGACGCCUACCACAAGGUUCCCGACAAGUACGCCAUGUUUGAGAGCAUGUUCAUCCAGCUUUUCGUCGUCAGUCUUCUAUCUCACUUUCCGUUUUCUAGCAAACGUUUCAGGUAGAGGAAGUCGAGUUCGCCGUUUAUUUUGGACUGGAGAAUCUGACAGAAGCUCAGCUGAGGCUUGACCAACGAUUUCGCACCCACGUCGGCAAGUUCCAGCGCUUUAUGAACGGUGACUUUUUUUGAAAAAUAUAGCUGAAGGUUAUUCGCGUUGCUAUUUUUCAAGCUUCCAGUUCGGUUUUGAUGAAAAAAAAAACAUUCAAAUGCCGUUAACAUGAAUUAAUUCAACUUAAAUGUGAGGUCAUUUAAUUUUAACUCCGAAAAUCAGAAUUCUACAAAAAUUGACCGAAAAACUCUUCGAAUACUAGAUGAAGCCCCUGAACUCUAGUUUUUUGCCUAACAAAUAGACGGACUAUCUUAGAAGCGCCAUUUUCUGAAUACUGUGAAGUUGUGCAGGUUAAUAAUCUCAGGAACUUCGUUUUGUGGAUCACAGAGUGUUAACCGGACUCUAGAGAUAUCUUUAAAUUUAAUUACUCCCUCUAACUUUCUCAUUAAAUUUUAUUUCAAUCUAAAAACAUUAUUAAAGGAAUAAUGGACAUGCUUUCGAAAGGACCAGAAAACGCCGAUGAAAUCGUCGACAUUUUGAGGUUUUCUAUUCCAACAUGCUUUUCUUUUCAAGAGCCAUUAAUUUGAAGCAAAGCCUUGCAUUUUCAGAAUAGUCGGACGGAAUCAUGGAAAUGUACGCUCCAUGAGUUUUACCGCCGAAAAAUGGCUCAUUUUCAAAAAUGAUUUGCUCGCCCUUCUCUGCAAAGAUGCAUCGGUAUGGUUUUGAUGCUUUCAAUUACCUCAAACGUGAUAAGUCAGAAGCCGUAUGCAAUAAAGUGAAAAAAGGUUUUCUGCCAUUCACCUGAAAAUAGGAAAGGCCUAAAACUUGCUAGGAAUCAUUGAUUUCAAUGUAACCUGGUGUAAUAAGGCUUUAUAAGAAGAUUCGGGAAGAGAAGAAACAGUUUCAGUAUGAAAAAGAAGAAUUGUAGCCAUUUUCGAGUUUUAGAAAAAUGACAAACAUUCAUUUUACACUUUAUUGCAUACGGGAGUUUUUAAAAUUUUAUUAAUUAAAUUUUUAAAAAAAACCUUACAACCUGCUCAUACUAGUUUUUGAAGAUGCAAACGUUCUCAAAAUGACGCCUUUCGCCGAACUUUAUGAAAUUUGCCUUUUCUUUUUAGCGCAGCAAAAAAAAACUAUGCCUGUACACAAUGAGGUCUAGUUUUAAUAUCAGAUCAUUUUCCAGGAGAAAAUUUGUUCAACCUGGAGCAAACUUAUUAGUUUCAUCAUAUCGGAAAUAAAAGACGGCUACCUGGAGCACGUGAGGAACUCCCUCGAAAGUUUGAUUAAAACUGAAAACGUUCAGGUAAGACACGCAAGGUCAUCCUCCUGUCCUCAGAUCGCGGCACUUCGCAUUUUUCGAGCUUCUCGUCGUUCACGCAAAAAGUCAGAGUCUGUGACGCGGAUCUGA